AAUCCAACUCCGAAACAUAAUUAAAUAUUGACCAGUUUUUCUGAUUAUUACAGUGCGUUGCAUUUAUUAUUGAACUAUAUAUUUAAAUAUGUGUUAAAAGACAGCGUCCGUCAGUUUAUAAAAGUUGCUUAAAAAUGUUUUUUUGCUUUCUUUUCUCUCUGACAUUGAUUAGUUUGGUAGGACUCCCUCCACCCUUUUCAAAUUACUUGACAAAGGAAGUACGGUUUACUGUUUGAAUUUCUUCUUAUAUAUUUAUAAACUAAAAUGUUAUCCGUCCAAAUGUAUUUGACAUUGUGUAGUUUUAUUAUUUUAAGCUCGUCUGCACAGGAAUUAAGACACAAACCUGUUGGAACCAAGCCAGUCCGACUUUUUACAGACGAGGAUUUAGCAAAAUACAAUGGGCAAGAGGAUGGUCAGCCAAUUUACAUGGCUGUGAAAGGAGUUGUCUUUGAUGUCUCUUCAGGAAAAGACUUUUAUGGGAAAGAUGCCGCGUACAAUGCCCUGGUUGGGAAGGACUCCACGAGAGCUGUGGCGAAGAUGUCUCUUAAACCUGACGACCUCACAUCUGACACUAGUGGACUUACUGAAGAGCAGAUGAAGGCUCUUGAAGACAUUUUCAUAAACGUGUAUAAAGCUAAAUAUCCAAUUGUCGGCUACACUUCCAGACGCAUUCUGAAUGAAGACGGCACCCCAAACAAAAACUUCAAACCUGAAGAUCAGCCGAACUUUACCAUCAAGGAGGAAUUCUAAACACUUCUGUAUGCAAAUGUACUGUGGUUUUUAAUUAUUAUUAUUUUUUUUUUUAAACACCACUUUUUUACUCUAACCUACUGUGGUUCAUUGAGGACAUGGAGGGGGGGUAAAUGUUGAGAUCACAUGAAAAAGUAUCUUGUGAUCUCAGCACCAAGGUUAGAAAUGUCGAGAUCCUGCCAUUUAUUUAUCUUGGAAUCUCAACAUAACACUUUUCUGUACUUAAUGAGCCAUUGAACUAAAGAGGACUGAAUGUUGUAUAAAAAAAGAAGAAAUUGGUAUUGUCACUAAAUUAAACAUUUUGACCUGGGUAAAGAUGUUUAGUUAAGAACAUAAGAACAUAAGAAAGUUUACAAACGAGAGGAGGCCAUUCAGCCCAUCUUGCUCGUUUGGUUGUUAGUAGCUUAUUGAUCCCAGAAUCUCAUCAAGCAGCUUCUUGAAGGAUCCCAGGGUGUCAGCUUCAACAACAUUACUGGGGAGUUGGUUCUAGACCCUCACAAUUCUCUGUGUAAAAAAGUGCCUCCUAUUUUCUGUUCUGAAUGCCCCUUUAUCUAAUCUCCAUUUGUGACCCCUGGUCCUUGUUUCUAUUUUCAGGUCAAAGAAGUCCCCUGGGUUGACAUUGUCAUUGUUUUGCAAAACCUGAGAAUAAUCGCAAUAAAUAGUGUAGUUUAUACAGAA